AUGGCGGAUUCCAACCCUGUGCAGGAUGCCGAGGCAUCCAUGGCCAAGCUUCUGCUCGACGAGGUCACCGGCGAGAAGGUCUCCAAGACCGAAUUGAAGAAGCGCCAGAAGUUGCGCGAGAAGGAGGCCAAGAAGAAGGAGAAGGAAGCUGCUGCUCCUCCUAAGCCCGCCGCCGUCAAGAAGACCUCUGCUGAAGAUGACGAGGCCAACCUGACUCCCAACCAAUACUUCGAGAUCCGCAGCAAGAGAAUCGAUAAGCUGCGCCAGACCAAGAGCCCCAACCCUUACCCCCACAAGUUCCAGGUCAACACCGAUCUGCGCCAAUUCCUUACCGACUAUGCCUCUCUCGCCAAGGGCGAACAGAAGCCCGAGGUCAGCAUCAGCCUUGCUGGUCGUAUCUACACCAAGCGCUCCUCUGGCAACAAGCUUCUCUUCUAUGAUCUCCGCGCCGAGGGUGUCAAGGUCCAGAUCAUGUGUCAGGCCCAAUUCGCCACUGGCAGCGCCUCCUUCGAGGAGCAACACGAGCACAUCCGUCGUGGUGAUAUUGUCGGAAUUGUCGGUUUCCCCGGCCGUACCUCCCCCAAGAACCGUGACGAUGGCGAGCUCUCUAUCUUCGCCACUGAGCUUGUUCUUCUGUCCCCCUGCUUGCAUGCCAUUCCCUCCGAGCACUACGGUUUCCAGGACAAGGAGCAGCGUUUCCGUCAACGUUACCUCGAUCUUAUCAUGAACGACCGCUCCCGCGAGAUCAUCCGUACUCGCUCCAAGAUCACCAAGUACAUUCGUGACUUCCUUGACGAACGAGAGUAUGUGCUAUCUUUCAAUAUUUCCCAUUUGAUUUUCAAGUCGCAUACUAACUUAACGUAUGUUUAUCACGCCGAGACUGUUUUCGGUUAUGUUAUUAACCUAUUUAUCGAUGUCGAGACCCCUUGCCUUUCCAAUAUUGCCGGUGGUGCGACAGCCAAGCCCUUCAUUACUCACCAAUACCUUCGUAUUGCCCCUGAGCUGUACCUCAAGAUGCUCAUUGUCGGUGGUCUCGAGCGUGUUUACGAGAUUGGCCGUCAAUUCCGUAACGAGGGUAUCGAUCUUACUCACAACCCUGAGUUCACCACCUGUGAAUUCUACUGGGCCUACGCCGAUAUGUUCGAUGUGAUGGAUCUGACCGAGGAGCUUGUCUCUGGCCUGGUCAAGAAGAUCACUGGUGGAUACGAGACCACCUACCACACCCAGACUGGCGAAACCUAUAACGUCAACUGGAAGGCCCCCUGGCGCCGCGUGGAGAUGAUCCCCGCUCUGGAAGAGGCCACUGGCGAGAAGUUCCCCUCUGGUGACCAACUCCACACCAAGGAGACCAACGAGUUCCUCCAGCGCAUUUGCAAGAAGAUGAAUGUGGAGUGCACACCACCCCUGACCAAUGCCCGUAUGUUGGAUACUCUGGUUGGAGAGUUCAUCGAGGAGACUUGCAUCAACCCUACCUUCAUCACCGGUCACCCUGAGAUGAUGUCCCCGCUUGCCAAGUACUCUCGCGACAAGCCCGGUCUGUGUGAGCGUUUCGAGGCCUUCGUUUGCAAGAAGGAGAUUUGCAACGCUUAUACCGAGUUGAACGACCCCUACACCCAAAGAGAGCGAUUCGAGGAGCAGGCCCGCCAGAAGGACCAGGGUGAUGACGAGGCCCAGCUUAUCGACGAGAACUUCUGUACUUCCCUGGAGUACGGUUUGCCCCCUACUGGUGGCUGGGGAAUGGGUAUUGACCGUCUGGUCAUGUUCCUUACCGACAACUACAGCAUCAAGGAGGUGCUUACCUUCCCCAUGAUGAAGGAUGACAAGACCGCCGCGGCGGGCAAGUCUGUCCUUGACGCGACUGGCGCCCAGCCCCAGCCUGAGGAUGGCAACCGUAUGUUAUUAGUUUCUUGCAAUUUCCACGAGCCGAUAUCACUAACGCUGAAUCUGCAGCCCAAUAACUGA